AUGUGGCAAGGCAUGGGUAUCUUGGACGAGGUUUGGAAGUACAAACUUAUUCUGGUCGAGACUCCUGAUGCACAGGAGACUUCACUGGCUUUGGAGACGUAUCGAACAGCAUGCUGCAACGGGAGGGGCGCUGUGUUACUUUGCGUCGCCCGUGGCAAGGUGUCCGAAGGGAUCGAUUUUGACCACCAAUAUGGCCGUACUGUGCUAUCUAUCGGUGUUCCGUUCCAGUAUACCGAGUCGCGAAUUCUCAAGGCGCGGCUUGAGUUUUUGCGCGAAACAUACCGCAUUCGUGAAAACGACUUUCUUUCCUUUGACGCUAUGCGGCAUGCAGCGCAAUGUCUGGGCCGUGUCCUGCGUGGGAAGGACGAUUAUGGGAUCAUGGUUCUCGCUGACAGGCGGUACCAAAAGAAACGGAACCAGCUUCCGAAAUGGAUCAACCAGGCUCUGUUGGAAGCUGAUGCCAAUCUCAGUACUGACAUGGCUGUCAGCAACGCUAAGAAAUUUUUGCGGGAUAUGGCGCAGCCUUUCCACGCGAAAGACCAAGAGGGUAUUAGUACAUGGAGUCCCGCAGAUCUAAAGAAACACCAAGAGAAGGCCGAUUUUGAUCGUAUAACGGAGCUCCAGGAGCAGGUUAACGGAGCGGGAAUGGCACGUUAUCUUGGUUCAGGCAGCACACAAGCAGACAGAGACGUCUAUGAAGACGAGGAUAUGACCUCGGUCAUGAUGGAAUUGGAUGGCGCAUGA